GCAAACUUGAAAAUUUCCCGUACAAAGCUGACCAUUAUUUCACGUAAUCGCCAAGCAAAUCGAAUAUUUUCAAAUUCCAAGGGCUCGGCAAAUUCAUCGUUGCAUGAGUUUCAUACACAAGAUCAAACAAAAAAUUAUCCAUCAUCUUUCAAUUCUCAUCGUUCUGCUCUAGAUGGGGAUUUUGUUCCCAUCACGAGCGACAGCGAUUUUCAAAACCCUAAUCAGUUUCCACUAAGCCCUGUUUCCUUCUCAAUUUUUCUUUUUAUCAUUCCGACGCGUUACUACCGGCAAAACCAGCCAUGUUUCCGUGGAACAUCGCGAAGACGGCGGAGGCGAUGUUCUCGAAAUUCGCCGUUAAGAGGCUGUGUAAGUUUCUACUGAAGAAGAAAUUGGGGCAGUUUUUGUUGGGGGAAAUUGAUAUCGACCAGCUAGACGUGCAGCUUGCCGAUGGCACAAUUCAGCUUAGCGACCUUGCACUCAACGUUGAUUUUCUCAAUGAAAAGGUUGGUACAGCAGCCUUGGUUAUUUUCAAAGAAGGAUCUAUUGGGUCAUUAUUAAUUAGAAUGCCAUGGACGAGUAGGGGCUGUGAGGUAGAAAUCAAUGGGUUGGAGCUUGUGCUUUCACCAUGCUUGAAGAAUGAUCAUAUGGAUUGUUGUGGAACUUUUAGUGGUGGUCAUAAAAACCAUCAUGAAUCGAGAAAGUCGGAGCAUGAUGUGGUGAAAAAUGCUGCAAAAUCUACCUAUGGGGGGGAUAUCCAUGAAGGUGUUAAGACAGUUGCGAAGAUGGUGAAAGGGCUGCUUGCUAGCUUUCACUUAAAGAUAAUAAACUUGAUAGUUGCAUUUGAUUCUUUUUAUGAUGAAAACAAAACCAGAACAGGAUUCGAUACCACACUUGUUCUUCGAAUUUCAGAUGUAGAAUGCGGAACUUGUGUUACAGAGGAUGGUAAAUUGGGUAUGGAUGCAGUUGAAAGCUUUCUUGGUAUUAGCCAGCUGAAUAAUUUUGUAAAGUUUCAAGGAGCAAUGGUUGAGUUUCUUCACAUGGAUGAUUGUGACAAGGUAAAAACCUUUUCAUGCACGACUGCAGCGUCAUCUCAAAUGGUGUUAGAUCAUGUUCCAUCAAAUGUUGCGACUCCGUUUCUGACAGGUGGAGUCGGUGGAUUUUCAGGUAACCUGAAAUUAUGCAUACCUUUGAGGGAUGGUUCCUUAGACAUUCACAGAGUGGAUGGGGAUCUUUCCUUUGAUCCUGUACAAGUAAAACUUCAACCUAGAACAGUCAAAUGCUUUUUAAUUUUGUCUGAAGCUUAUUGGAACUCAGACAAGAAUAGUGAUGGAUGUAUACAUAAUAAGGUGAAUGAAUCUGGGUACUUUGAGCAAGCAUCUUCAUCAGGGCUAGCUUCUGCUGAAAUGACUCCCGAUGAAACCUCACCUCAUGGUGGUGGGAUUCUGCCUGGUUCUCACCUUAUAUCAAAUUGGGUGCCAUUAUCUGUAAAAUGUAGAGAAAAAGAAAAAGUUGAAGAAUUUGAUUUUGGAGCAAGUGUGGACCAAUUUUUUGAAUGCUUAGAUGAAAUAAGAAGUACCCAGUCUGCUUUAGGCAGCAGUGGGAUGUGGAACUCAGUUUUUAGUGCAAUCACUGCUGCGUCCAGCCUUGCUACUGGAUCUUUACACGUUCCUUCUGAACUGCAGCCUGUUGAAACAAACCUUAGAGCAGCUAUCUCUGGAAUUUCCGUUGUUAUUUCCUUCCACGAUGACAAUAAGUAUCAUUUCACUGACACCAAGAAAGCACAGAUCAAAGCAGAUUCAGAGGUUCAUUUUGUGGCUGCUAAAUUCAGUGAUAUCCAUCUUCUUAUGCAGGUAUCUACUCAAAGAACAAGGUUUCAUGGAACUAUCAAGCAUAUUGAGGUUGCUGAUUAUUUGAACUGCAGAAGUUAUGCCUCAAAGACUGACUUCCACAAUAGUAAUGGUGACUUCCAGACGGUUCUGAUGAAGCGUCUGCAAGUGGAUGUCCUAGAUGCGCUCCCCCCAUUUGAUUUUUCAGCCGAAGAUCCUGAUCUUGUGGAAUCAAAUAGUUCAUUCAAUAUGGAUUUUCCAUGUGAAAACAAAGACAACGUUACAAAAAUUACAUUGCUGAAAACCUAUGGCAUCACUUCUUCCCAAUUGAAUACGACAUCUAGUUCUUCUGAUGAGAACUCUACUAUGUCAAAAUCAUUUUCAUUGAAUCUACCACCCUUUGUUUUCUGGGUGAACUAUACUUUGGUGAAAAUGCUACUGGAUUUACUAAAGGGUGUUGAAAAUUGUAUGCCUGGUGAUAACAACCACAAGUGCUUUAAGGAGAACUAUACAUCAGAUCAUGAGGAUGCCAAAAGCAGCUCUAAUCAAGUUACGGCCUUGUCAUCCUCAAGCAUGCAAGGCAAUAUAAUAAUCAGCAAUGCAAGGGUAAUAUUUUGUUUCCCACUUGAAAGUGACAAGGACUUGGGCUACACUUCCUGGGAUCGAUUUAUUGCUCUUGAUUUUUAUUCCCCCCCAAUCACAAAGGAGGAAACAACUCACAGGGGUAACUUGGCUCUGCAGAAAAGUUAUUUGUCAGAAAAAAAUGCUUUGCAUUUCAGAUUUGGUAGUCUUGGGGUAUUCUUGGUUACUUUCGAAGAAGAUAUAAAUCAAAGUAGCACAUGCAAUGUGCAAAGGAAGAAAUUUUUAGCUCAUAACAUUUUGUCUGCCUCCAACAGAACAAAUGGUUCUUCUUUAACUUUGUUUUGGCAGGAGGUUAAUGUCACAGGUCCAUGGAUUGCAAAGAAGGCCAAGUCCUUAGCUAAUCUAGAGGAAUCAAAAAGCAGGUGUAAGUUCAUUGGAAAAGAUUAUGAGUUUGCUUCCGUUGCUAAUAUGAAAGAUGUGGAGGAGUCAAACUUGCAGACUCGACAAGAAAUGAUUUUGAGCUCCACUUUGGUGUUGCAUGUAUUUUUCUCUCUUGUCAGAAUCAAUUUUGGUACUGUUCAAUAUAAAGCCUUCCAUUUUCUUUUAGAUCAGUUGAUAAAAGGAUUGUCAAGUGAAACUUGUGAUGCAGUUGAUGUUACGAAAGGAUUAGUUGCGUGUCAAACAUCUAUUGUAGUUGAUUGUAAUUGUCUAGAAAUUGCCAUUAGGCCAGACUCAAAUGAGAGUACAAAGUGCUAUUUGCAGAGAGAACUUCCUGGAUCAUGGUAUCAUCUAAGAUUAGAUAUUCAAAACUUAGAAUUAAUCUCGGUCUCCGACCUUGGAGGCAUCAAGGGUGCCAAUUUCUUUUGGCUGGCCCAUGGAGAAGGAAAAUUGCUGGGUUUCAUCUCUGAAGAUCCUGAUCAAGAGUUCCUUUUGAUCUCAUGUAGCAACUCUAACAUGAAGCGUGGGGAUGGGGAAGGUUCAAAUGCUUUAUCUUCAAGGUUAGCUGGUUCUGAUAUUAUGCAUUUGUGGGAUCCUGACAGUUUACAGGGUUUUUCUUCAAUAACUAUAAGAUGUGCGACAAUUCUGGCUAUAGGAGGUCGCUUGGAUUGGUUAGAUGUCAUCUACUCCUUUUUCUUUUUGUCCUCUCCUCCAGUUGAACCAGAAGGUAACGAGAUUAUGCCCAGAGAGAAACCAAAAAAGUCAUCGGGGUCUUGUUUUUUUCUUAACUUUGUUGAUGUGGGGUUGAAUUAUCAUCCGUACUUGAAGAAUUUGCUGGUCAAAAGCGGACUUUCUCAAACAGAAUCCAGUUCUUCAACUUUCAAACAAGAGUUGGAGGAUGAUUAUGUUGCUUGCUUGCUGGCUGCAUCUUCAGUGACACUUUCAAGUUCUAGUGUGGCAGAUGUAGUUGAAGAUAAUUACAGAAUCACAGUACAAGAUUUCGGACUUCUUCUAUGUAGUGUCUCUGAUUAUGAGCAUGUGUUUGAUGCUUACAAUGUUGGAGAUCUCCGCAAGGUAGGCUAUGUUAAGGUCGCCCGGGAGACAUUUAUUGAAGCAAUUUUGAGAACUAAUUGUAAUAACGGCCUUAAGUGGGAGUUAGAAUGUUACAAAGCACACAUUUCUGUGGAAACAUGCCAUGACACUGCCUCUGGUCUGGCACGUUUGGCUGCUCAACUUCAGCAGCUAUUUGCCCCUGAUCUCGAGGAAUCAAUUGUUCAUUUGCAAACGAGAUGGAAUAAUGUCCAACAGGGACAGGAGAGAAAAGAGAUUGACACUGAAUCAUCUUCUCCUCCGUGUCACAAUUUAUCAGUUAAACAAAGUGAAGUUGGGUUAAUGGAUGAAAUAUGUGAAGAUGCAUUUCUAUUAAAUAAAAACCAUUCCAGAGAAUGUGAUUAUAGCAAGUCAAAAUGUAGUGUUUUACCCAAUGAAGGUCUUCAUGCUGAGGUAUGCAGUUCGAAUUCUGACGUUCGUGAAACUUCUUCUCCUGCUCAUUCCUUCAUGGGCUCAGAUCCUGAUGGUCAAACAUCUUUCAUACAAUACCGCCAGUUUCCUGAAAUAAUAGAAGGGUAUUGCUUGUCUGAACUCCGCCCUUUAUCAGAUCUGGCGAUAGGCCGGCAAUUACCUUCUGAUAUUAGUAAUUCCAGAAAUUCUGGCAGUAUAGAUACUGGAGAACGAAGAAGUGGUUGGUAUGGGGACUUGCCUAUGAAAAUUCUUGAAAACCACAUAUCAGAUGUAAGUAAAGUCGAACACUUGGUAACUGAUGAUCUUUGUUCUAAUGAGAGCAUAAGUCUUGAUGAGGUUGAAGAGCCAAGUGGACGUGUACUACUUAAUAAUAUUGAUGUGAAAUGGAGAAUGUAUGCCGGUUCUGAUUGGCAAGUCUCUAAAGUGAAUAGUGAUCUACCAAUGGGUACAGUUAAAAGAGAUCAACACACAUGUCUAGAGCUUGCAUUAUCUUCAAUGCAAGUUCAAUAUGAUAUUUUUCCAGUAGGUGGAAUGUGUGUAUCUAGACUUUCUCUUUCGGUUCAAGAUUUCCAUCUUUAUGACAGCAGUGUAGAUGCACCUUGGAAGCUGGUACUGGGAUAUUACAAUUCAAAGAAUCAUCCUCGCAAGUCUUCCUCAAAAGCAUUCAAGCUCGACUUAGAAGCUAUUAGACCAGAUCCUUUGAUCCCUCUUGAGGAAUACCGGUUGUGUAUUGGUUUUCUGCCUAUGAUAUUACAUCUUCAUCAAUGCCAACUUGAUUUUCUUGUUAAUUUUUUUGGGGAGAGAAGUUCAUCAGGAAACCGGUCAUCAGGUCCACUAGAUUCAGAUGGUUUAAAAACCAUACCUACAACCAGAAGUCAUGAUGGGCUUACUUUGGCAGAGGAGGCACUGCUUCCUUAUUUUCAGAAAUUUGACAUACAACCAAUUGUAGUCCGUGUUGAUUACAGUCCUAGUCGUGUGGAUUUGGCUGCAUUAAGAGGUGGGAAGUACGUUGAACUUGUAAAUCUGGUUCCUUGGAAGGGGGUCGAGCUACACCUGAAGCAUGUACAAGCUGUUGGAGUCUAUGGUUGGGGCAGUGUAUGUGAAACAGUUGUUGGGGAAUGGUUGGAAGAUAUAUCUCAUAAUCAGAUACGUAAAAUACUGGAGGGCCUUCCUGCAGUUAGGUCAUUGGUUGCUGUUGGCUCUGGUGCUUCAAAGCUUUUGUCUUCUCCGGUUGAGAGCUACAAAAAGGAUCGAAGAAUAUUAAAAGGGAUGCAAAGAGGUACUAUUGCAUUUCUCAGAAGUAUUUCCCUUGAAGCUGUUGGACUGGGGGUACACUUGGCUGCAGGGGCUCACGACAUUUUGCUCCAGGCAGAGUACAUUCUCACUAGUAUUCCUCCUUCAGUGAAAGUACGGUAUAAAACAAAGCCUGAUGUAAGAUCCAAUCAACCCAAGGAUGCUCAAGAAGGACUGAAAAAGGCUUAUGAAAGCCUUAGUGAUGGUCUCGGGAAGUCUACCUCUGCCUUGGUUCGAACUCCCUUGAAAAAGUAUCAACGUGGAGCCAGUACAGUGUCUGCUUUUGCAACUGCUGUUCAAGCAAUUCCAGCUGCAGCUAUAGCUCCAGCUUCUGCAUGUGCAAGUGCCAUACAUUACACUUUUCUUGGCUUGAGAAAUAGCCUUGAUCCUGAGCGCAAAAGAGAAUCCAUGGAGAAGUAUUUAGGUCCUACAGACUCGUGGGAACAGAAUUGAUGGUGUAGUCAAGAAUGACUAUGAAAAGAGUUUAAGCUUAAUAUCACAUGAAAUCACGAUUGCAUUGUGCGUCGCCUUAAAAGAGAUCGUGACAAGCGCUUUACCCAUUGAAGAUGGAGCCGGGUGUAAAUAUGUACAGUGAGAAUCUUGUAGGCAUUCUUUCCCCGUUGGAUCGAGAAGACGGAGAUUUUGUACAUAAUGUAAAAUAUUGGACUUUGGUUAGAAAAUUUUUAUACUAGGUGUCCCUUGUAAUUAUAAUGAUCAAGUUCUAUAGUUAUUUAUACCCAAGUUUAUUCUUUGAGGCUUGAGAAAAUGUAUCAUAGUUUUCUUAUUUGUGCAUAGUUUUGUAAAUACUUGAUCAUUUGUUUUCCAAGUUGUGCAUAGUUCAGCAAAUUGUUUACCAAGUUAUUUUUUUCUUAAA